AUGGUUUGGGAGGAAAGCUGGAAGAAUUUAAUUGUUGAAUCUGAUCCAACAUCUGGAAUCGCCAUUCUUUCUAAAAAUGGUGUUGCACCUCGUGAAUCUCAUUUGGUGGCUCGAAUACGGGCUUGGUUUCAAAAAGAUUGGAGAAUUCAUCUUGUCCACAGAUACAAAGAAGAGAAUCAUUGUGCUGAUUCUGAUUGGCUGGCAAAUUAUCCAUUGGACAAUCUUACUGUUCCUAAUAUGUCUGUUUUCUGUUUUCUUCCUUUUCAGAUUCAGUCUGUUCUUAUUGCUGAUUUAGCUUUUGUUUAUAGAGUUAGAACAGUGUCUGUUUUGUAG